AUGUCUCCCCAGGCCAUCAUUCCCUCCCCAUUCACAACGCAACCACCCCCUCCUCAGAACAACCGCUCCGCUCAGCCGCAAACACCCAAGGACCCUGUCGUCGUCGUCGGCAUCCCGUCCGUCACUGUGCAGGACAACCAGCUCGUCGUGGGCGACGCACGUAGCACCUCGACGCGGUCAUAUACACCGCUCAAAGUGGUGGGGGACGGCUCAUUCGGCACCGUCUGGCUCUGCGAUUGGCAUGGGACGCUACCGCCCAAUACCCCGCUGUCCGCGAUGCAGUGCGGCGCGGGCGCAAAGCGCGAGUACGCCGGUAAACGCCUCGUUGCCGUCAAAAGGAUGAAGAAGAAGUGGGAGGGCGGAUGGGAUGAGUGUAAGAAGCUGAAGGAGCUUGAGUCCCUGCGUGCGAUAACGUACCACCCGAAUAUAAUCCCCCUAUACGACUUCUUCCUCCUGCCGCAGACGAAAGAGCUCUACUUCGUCUUCGAGUCCAUGGAGGGGAACCUAUAUCAACUGAUCAAGACUCGAAAAGGCAAACCGCUCGCCGGCGGCCUCGUCUCGUCCAUCUUCCGUCAGGUCGUCUCCGGCCUCCACCACAUCCAUGCGUCGGGCUACUUUCACCGCGACAUGAAACCGGAGAACCUGCUGGUGACGACAACAGGUUUGUAUGAUUACCGGACUCUGUCGCCCAUCGCACCACCAGACGCGCCUCUCGAGAAGGACGUCGUGGUGAUUGUCAAACUCGCCGACUUUGGCCUCGCGCGAGAGACGCGAAGCAAACCACCAUACACGGAGUAUGUCUCUACGCGAUGGUAUCGCGCACCAGAGGUCCUCCUCAAGAGCAGGGACUACUCAAAUCCUGUAGACACGUGGGCGCUCGGUACUAUCAUGGCGGAACUGGUCAACCUGCGGCCGCUCUUCCCAGGCCAAGGUGAGAUGGACCAAGUCGCGCGUAUAUGUGAGCUGCUCGGUGAUCCAGUGGACGACUAUGGGUUGGACAACCGCGGGAAACCGAUCGGGGGCGGGAGAUGGCCAAGAGGUGUGAAGAUGGCCAAGAAGGUGGGGUUUGAAUUCCAGAAGAUUGUCCCAAAGGACUUUCGCGCGCUCUUUGACCCAUCGGUACCGCCCAAGCUCGUCGAUUGCAUAUCCGAUCUGCUCAAGUACGAUCCUGAUCAGCGACUUACUAGUUUGCAAUGUCUCGAGCACCCGUACUUGAUCGAGACGACCCCGCUCAAUCAUCCACCUCCCCCGCCGACCCAGCCACUGCAGACGGCGCUGCUUCCUACUGCGAGGGAUGACCAGCGUGGAUUACCCGCGGCGCUGCACUCGAUAUCUCCGCGACAUUUACCUCCAUCGCACACGUAUACUUCUGUCAACCACAGGCCCGACCUUCAGCCAUCCGCGCCGUUGGCUGGUGUGCGCAUCCCGGACGCGUCCUCGACACAUCGGACAUCCUUCUUCGACACUCAAUCAGUUCCCCGCGAAAGCUCGGAGUCGUCGUCCAGGUUCUCUGACUACAGGUAUGAUCUGCCCAACGGUGUCCACCAUGUAGGUGUACCUCAGUCUGUGGUGGACGGUCAGUCGGCGUUUGACUCCUCGGCAUAUUCGUUCGGCGGCGACCACCUCGGGAGUACUUACUACAGCCAGCACGCUGGUCAGCCUGACUGGGAUGCUAUGGAUGUGUCACCCCAGACUGAAGGGCUACCAGAGCAUUACGUCGUCUCGAACGGCCAGACGGAGAUCCAGACGUCGCCCAUGGCGCGCGAGUACCCCGCACGUCCAGUCGAGCCAGAGCCGAUCCACGACCCGAUGCAGAACCAUGAGGUCUCGCAGGCGCAUGCACCCAAGCUCAGCAAGCUCGCGCCAUUCGGCUUCGCCAAGAAGAGCAGCAAGUGGGGUCUGAGCAUGUUCGGCGGGCACAGCGACAAGUGCCAGGUUCAAGGCCAGCCUCCACUCCCGCCGGUGCAGGAGGCGAACGUCGCGAGCGCUGGCUCAGUCCCGAGCCUGAAGCGGACGCAGUCGAGCAGCACGGACAGUCGCAGCCUGAGCGAGCUGAGCCCGAUCGUGAUGGAGGCGCCGUCCGCGCCGGCGACCGACGCGAAGUCGCGAAAGAAGGAGGCGGAGCGGAUGAAGGCGGAGGCAGAGAAACAGCGGCGGCAGCUCGCGCAGAAGAUGCAGCGUGACCAGGCGCGUGCGGUCAUGGAGAAGCAGAGGCGCAUGACGAAGCAGGGCGAGGGCGACGCGGCCGCGGUUGACUGGCACUGGCUCGCAGCGCAGAGCUCGACCAUGAGCGUGCCCCCGCCGAGCUACCGCCCGCCCCGGGAGAAGGGCAAGCAGCCUGCGGCGACGGGCUCGAUACGCCAGAGCCAGAGCCAUGGUCCGAGCGCGCGGACGCUGGACGCUGCGAGUGGGAGCUAUAAGGCAGAUGAUAGCUCGAGCUGGCGCAGGUCCGAUGACGAGCGUGUGCCGAAGGCGAGGCGGCGGGAAUACGAUGACGAUCAUUCGAUGUCGUCGUCUGACCUGCCGAGUGGGAUGUCCGUCAUCUCGUUCGCGACGGUGGACAGUGACCCGGGUCCGACGCGGUCUCGAUAUCGGACAAGCACGUAUGCUGCCAGCAGUAUGGGCCGCAUGACGUCGAUGAACUCGUUGCGGACGGACGACUUCUCGCUGCGGGGACGGUCGUCGACGUCGUUCUCGCUGGAGCAGAAGCUCAACGAUUUCAACCUUCGCUCAUCGCACGAACGAUCCGCGAGUACGAGCGUACAGGAUAGCGCAAGUUUUGUGUCGAGGAGGCCGGAAGGCAUGCAUCUAUCGCUUCAGCCGCCCUCUCGACAUCAACAGUUCCUCGGAGGGCAGCCUCAAGGCCAUCCUCCGAGUCCCGGCGUUGCACCUAAGUCGGCCAUCAACCCGAUCUUCAAAGUCCCACCAUUACAGGGCUUGGAUCGACCGGGGUCGUUACCACCGUUCUCGCACCUGGAGGCCGUCGCGGACGGGGAGUAUCCCCCGUUGUCGCCAAUGUCUUUCACAUCGCCGGAUGAAAUCGACGACGAUAUGAGCUAG